AUGAAUAUCUCCCUUCCCCCAGUAUCUCUAGCAGAUCUGCCACCUGCUUACAACCAACUGGGGCACGAAUUGGUCAAAGCAACAGCAUUUCUCCUUAUCCCAACCGAGCUUCUCUACUUCUCAAUAUACUUCCACAUCAAGGGAUUCCAGAAAGUCUACCAGGCGCUGACAUUCCUCUCUCUUGGCGCAUUCUGGCUCUCACCACAGGUUGCGGCAAUCUCAUGUGGCCCUGCACAAUGCCUACAGAACUUCGCCAUUGCAAUUGGGACCAUGAAGCUCCUGGACAUCUUUGCACGCCGGCACUCGACUCGAGCAUACACAGGAGGAGGAAGAAAGCCUGCAGAUUGGCUAUUGUCUCUCAUGAUUUUGACAGAACUCCGAUAUGAGUCUUUUACUCCAAACCAUAUCCGCGUACCGAGGAACCAAGAGAACUUCAACGAACCAUUGCAACUAGCUAUUCAUGUCGGAGUUUUUACUAUCCUGCAAUCGCUUCCGCAGAAUAUUCCAACGAUUUUGGCUUUCGAAGUACAGUUGUCGAUUUAUAUACUCUGGACUAGUAUGCAACUCCUGCUGCGGUAUAAAAGUAGCCCGGCUCUGUUCGGUCCUCUUUACUUGGCGGAUAGUCUGUCAGGAUUUUGGUCCGAAACGUGGCACAACGCAUUUGCCUCCCCAUGCACAUCCCUAGCAUACCAACCACUCCGGUACGGCCUCCCAAAAUAUGGCGUACCUAUUUGGAUGGCACGCUCACUAGGAAUCUUUGGAGCCUUCGGCCUCAUGGCAGCGUUCCAUGCUUAUGCCCUUGCGCCCAUCCUCAGCAAGCCAGAGAUUACCCGAAUCUGUCAAUUCUUCUUGCUUAAUGGAAUAGCUACUGUUGCUGAGGCUGCGUGUGGGGGAAGAAGAGACAUUGGGUGA